UCGGCGUGAGCUGUGUGCCAUCUGAGCCAGUCUGCCGGGACAUUCCUCUCCCUGAAGAGUGUGAGCGUGGCGCUUGGAGUCGGGGGCAGAGGAGGGAAGCGGGUUCCGGCGGGAUCGACCCGAGUCCGAGGCCAACCAACCUCGACCAGCAGGAGGACGGGGGAUUUGGUGACUCCGAUGGAGUCCAGGAGCCCCAGGACGCACCGGACGGCACCGAUGUGCACCGAGCCUUCAUCUGCGCCUCGUUUAACCAGGACACCACUUCUCUGUCGGUGGGCACCAAGACCGGCUACCGCCUCUUCUCAGUCACUGCUGUGGACAAGCUGGACUGCAUCCACGAGGGAGUAGAGUGUCAGGACGUUUAUAUCGUGGAGCGGCUGUUCUCCAGCAGCCUGGUGGUGGUGGUCAGUCUGUCCAUGCCACGGCGAAUGAACGUUUACCACUUCAAGAAAGGCACCGAGAUUUGUAACUACAGCUACUCCAACAACAUCCUCUCCGUCCGGCUCAACAGACAGCGGCUGGUGGUGUGCUUGGAGGAGUCGGUCUACAUCCACAAUAUCAAAGACAUGAAACUACUCAAAACCCUGCUAAACACACCCACCAACCCCACAGGUCUUUGUGCGCUCUCCGUCAACCACAGUAACUCCUACCUGGCGUACCCGGGAAGCGCUACCAUCGGAGAGAUCACCGUCUACGACGCCAACAACCUGAGCACCCUGACGCUGAUCCAAGCCCACGACAGUCCCCUGGCGGCCCUCACCUUCAAUGGCUCUGGCACCAAACUGGCCAGCGCUUCAGAGAAGGGCACCGUUAUCAGAGUCUUCAGCGUUCCUGAAGGACAGAGACUGUUUGAAUUCCGUAGAGGCAUGAAAAGAUAUGUUAGCAUUAGUUCAUUGUCCUUCAGCGCCGACGCCCAGUUCCUGUGCGCCUCCAGCAACACUGAGACAGUCCAUAUCUUUAAACUGGAGCAGCACAGCCCAAGUCUAGACGAGGAGUCUCCUACAUGGUCGGCAUACAUGGGCAAAAUGUUCACAGCAGCCAGCACCUACUUGCCCAGCCAGGUGUCCGACAUGAUGCAUCAGGACAGAGCCUUCGCCACAGUGCGACUCAACAUGUUCGGCCUCAAGAACAUCAGCGCCCUCGCUACGAUUCAGAAGCUCCCUCGCCUGCUGGUGGCGUCCUCAGACGGGUGUCUCUACAUUUAUAAUGUGGAUCCACAGGAUGGUGGCGAGUGCGUCCAGAUCCAGAAACACAGGAUGUUUGACUCCAGCGAGGAGCAGGUAGAAACAGAAGGCGAGGAGAAUCCAGAGGAUGUCUCUCCCCAACCAGCCAGCCAAUCGUACGCUGCCACUGUGGCUCUCCCUUCAACCCCGCCCUCCUCCACCACUCUCACGGGUUACUCUGAGGACGGUGGAGUCGAGAAGGGUGAUGUCAUCCCAGAGCACGAGUUUGCCGAGGGCCCCGUCUGCCUGGACGACGAGAACGAGUUCCCUCCAUUCGGCAACCAGAGUAAUUGACCAAAUCUUUCUCUCAUGAAAACAUCCAAUCCAAAACCUGCAUAACAAUCAGACUGUUUUCAAGCAGGAAGUUGGACCAAAACAUUCCCUCUGUUGAGACAUGGCGACACACCCACCUUCCACGUGCACCCGGCCUUCCUAGGUGUUUCUGUCUUCUGCGUCCCUCUCUACGUUUUGCAAGGAAUCAAAUAUUAGACAGAUUGAAAGACUGUCCAAGAGUCCCACUGUUAACUCCCAUGUUACGCCUUUAACAACUUGUUAUUUUAAUAAUGGAACACAGUGGUGUUAUUGUUGCAUAAUAUUAUCAUAUUAGCAAUCAGAUGUAUAUGUAUAUGAACUUGAGCAGACUGAAUAUACUAUGGCAGUAGAGGAGACAACAGGCAGGCCUGGCCUGCAGCCAUUUUGAAGUAACCAUGGGCAAGAUUCACAAAAAUGCUUCACCUGAGAGGUCACCUGAAAGGUCAUUUUAGCAGCUUCUAAGUGCAGAUAAUAAUAUAAAUACAAUAUGAAAUGAAUCAACUCUUUGAAGAUCAUUUCUUGUUUUUUGUCACUUCCAAGUCUUAGAAAUAAGCACCUGAAAGUAUAUAAUAAGGACUGUGUUGUCAGGCCUGAUGGAUGUUAUCAAUGGGCAUUAAAUGUGUCACACCUCAAUAAAGAGGGGCAGUAGUUCACUCAAGAAGGAAAUCAUGUGGGAAGCAUGAUACACUAUUUAAAUCAGGAUACAUGCAGUCACUAUAAUAUGACUUGCAGAUGCAGCUGUCAUACUAAUUAUGGUAUCAGUAGAUGAGACUAAACACCUGCAGAGUCACAAAUGUAACCUGAAAACAAUAUGUGGAGAAAUCAGCUAACUGUGAAAAACUUGAUGGGGAAGCUGUACACGGCAAAAGCUACAGGUCCUUGAAUUUCAGUGAUAUCCUGAUAUUUUUAUUUACUAUAAAUGAUGCUGAAAAUAGUAUAUCAACAUGCAAGUCAUUUUUACUUUGAUGUUUGAAAUAUUCUUUUGCAAAAUGUUUGAAGUAUUACACAUCAACGCAUAGACCUACCAUGCGUAAAUAUAUUUUGAGUAUUUUUAUUGUGUGUAUAAUGUAUAUAUAACAUUUUUAUAUAGUACUGUUAUAAGUAACAUGGUAAUACCAUUUGAUUUGCCAAAAGGUGGCGCUGCUAGGACACCUGUACGCUGCAUUGAGCUGUUUAAUACUGGACAUUGACACCAGAGACUUAUUAAAGCUGAGAAGUGAUUCAACCUC